AUGGAGCCCUCAACGCCCAUGCGCCCCAUCCCCGGCGCUUACAUUAACACUCCUGCGCCAAACACCACGCGACGACAACUCUUUACCAACAACCCUGGGAAUGGUGUGCCACCACCUAUGGCACUCCCACCCGCGAACCCAGUUGGCCCCGGCACUCAGGCUCUCGUGACAGGCCAGCUUCCGGCACCGCCUGUUGCCCGCGCAGACGUCCCUCUGAUCGAAACGGCUGGUCAUGUUGUCAACUCAAAUCUCCUCAACGAUGAGAGCUAUCCUGACCUGGACUCAUACUGCCGACCCGGCGCUUCCUCCGAGUAUGACAUCCAUCCGCCGGACAGGCCAUGGGCGCCUUUUCAAAAGACCCAUAUGUACCAAAUUCCUGACCAGAUCUUCGACUUCCUUAAUGGGGGAGAGGUCUUCACGAAACUAGGCCUCUUCCCACAGCUCGGAUAUGCCUGGGCCUCCAUCGAUAGUUCGCUCUUCCUCUGGGACUACACGCAUCCCACGCCAGAACUCAUCGGGUACGAGGAAUUGACCACCACCAUCACCGCCGUUGCCCUCGUUGCGCCAAAGCCAGGCGUAUUCGUCAAGACCAUUACACAUAUUCUCGUCAUCUCCACAACAACCGAUGUUGUUCUUGUUGGCGUGGCGGCCGAGACCAACGCGUCGGGAGCCAAGAAGGUCACGCUCUACCAGACCAAGAUGGCUGUGCACCGUGGUGGCAGUGAUGUCAGUUACAUCGUCGGAACCGCCAAUGGGCGCAUCUUUGUCGGUGGCGAAACGGACACCGACAUCCACGAAAUUGUUUACCAGCAAGAAGAGAGAUGGUUCUCUAGCAGAUGCAGCAAAGUCAACCAUACCCAUCCCGGCUGGUCCUCUGUUGUACCACUGACCAACUUGCCAUUUGGCCCCCGGCCACACGAACACCUCGUGGGUCUCUAUGUUGACGAUACUCGAAACCUUGUGUACUCGCUAUCUGACCGGUCGACCAUCCGAACCUAUCACAUGGAGGGCCCCGAAAAGCUCACCAAGGUGAUUGAGAAGGACAAGACCAGCAUCCUCCGCGACUUUGCCCACUUGGCUGCCCCAUCACCUCUCUUCACCGACAGGACUACCAUUGUGUCACUCAGUCCCAUCACCGCCACCGAGACGUCGAAACUCCAUCUCAUGGCUCUCACCGAUACUGGCUGUCGCCUUCUUCUCAGCGCCACGAGCGCUGCUUCAUACACCAUCGGCGGCGGGUCAUCCACCCUUCCUCCUCAAAGUAUGCAGCUGCAGUUUAUCAAGUUCCCUCCCAGGGAGGAGUACCAACGGACUAGGGAUCACAGACUCCAACCUAUCGAGACGGUACUAGACAAGACAUCGCAGCUUCUUGAAAUUAGCGCAAUGGGUGUGCGCUUCCCUCCAGGUUACUUCUUUGACGUCGUCCGUGACAGGACCGCUGCUUCGGACAGGCUUUUUAUCUCGACUCCCGAUACGGGCCGGAUCAAGUUGACACAGCCUACCUCGGCGCUGAAAUACUUUGAGCAGGGCACGUGGAUCGACCUCGGCGCCGGCAACCGAACCAUUGAGAUCGGUUUGACGACCAAGCCUUUCUCGGCAAACAGUCAGCCUCUAGGCUUCGGCAAUGAGCUCGCUGUUCAGUUCGACCAGGCUCCCGGGGAGUUUGCGAUUCUCACAAACACUGGCGUACACAUCAUUCGCCGGAGAAGGGUGGUGGAUAUGCUUGCGACUGCCCUCAGAUCUGUCCAAGGUCAGGGCGACGACGUGCUAGAGCUGGAGGUUCGCCACUUUCUUGCUCAGUACGGGAGAGUGGAAACCUGCUCGGCGGCGCUGGCAGUAGCGUGUGGUCAGGGCAACGACUCGCGGACGGGUAUUGGGCGAUCCUCGGACACCGGCCUUGCGAACCUUGCCCGCUUGGUAUUUGUGGAAUACGGUGGCCAAGCCAGAGUGGCGGAGUCAGACGGGCGCAUGGCCCCUCAGGAUUCUGUUAGGUUAUCGUCCCGUCACGAUGCGUUGGUGCUGUACUUUACCCGCCUUGUCAGGACACUCUGGAAAACCAAGGUCGUCACGAUUGCCAAGGACGGCAAGGAGGUGACCUCGACCGUAGACGUCAAGAAAUUGGUGCAGGUUCAGGAACAGGUCGACCGUCUGGAGAAUUUCUUGGAGACCAACAAGGGCACGAUCCAAGGCCUCUCUGGCCCUCCCGGUACUCUGACAAACAGAAAUGACGAGAUUGCUGCGCAAAAGGAACACCAGGCUUUCCACGGCAUGCGUCAGCUCAUGAAGAGUGUGACGGAGGGCAUUUCCUUCGUCACUAUGCUUUUUAGCGAGAGAGUUGCGGAUAUCUAUGGUCGGCUCGAACCUGCCGACCAACAAAGGCUCUCUCAGCUUACCUAUGAGCACCUGUUCUCCCAGAAGCCCGGAAAAGACCUCGCAAAGGUGUUGGUCAAAGCAAUCGUCAACCGCAAUAUCGCUAAUGGCGCCAAUGUGGAUACGGUCGCUGAUGGCCUGAGGAGACGUUGCGGGAGCUUCUGCUCGCCUGACGAUGUGGUCAUCUUUAAGGCCCAAGAGCAGUUGCAGCGCGCGAGUGACCAGGUUGCUAAUGCCAGCGCCGCUCGUCUGCUGCUGGCCGAGAGUUUGAGACUCUUUCAGGAGGUCGCUGGCAGUCUUUCUGCCGACAACCUCGAGAGGGCUGUUAACCAGUACAUCGAGCUCAAGUACUACGCCGGUGCUAUUCAGCUGUGCUUGGUGGUUGCCAAGGAAAAGGACCGGGGCAACACUGCAUUGACAUGGGUUAUGGAUAACAGGCCGGCGGGUGAUGUUCGUGAGAGGGCGUACAAUGCCCGGAAGAGCUGCUACAUCCUGAUUCAGCAGAUUCUUGACGCGCUCGAGGGUUACCUCUCCACGGAGCCUGAGACGAUUGAUGGGCGCCAAACGGUCGCUGCCACCAAGAGGAAAGAGGCCUACGAUGUUGUUAACAACUCGGAUGAUCAAGUGUUUCACAUUGACCUGUACGAGUGGUACAUCUCCAAGGGCUGGAUUGAUAGGCUACUUGCCAUUGACUCGCCACACGUUGAGGCUUACCUUCAGCAGCUCUCUGAGCAGAAUUACACUCACGCUGACCUCCUCUGCCGGUGGUAUACUCACCGUAACUUCUUCUUCCAAGCGGCCCAAGUCCAAGCCAACAUUGCCAAGUCGGACAUGGCCAUCCCCAUCAAACACCGCAUCAAGCUGCUUGGUUUGGCCAAGGCAAAUGCCAGUGUCAACACUGCUGGCGUGAGCCGUCAGCAGCAACAAAUGUUGAACCAUGAGGUGUCUGAAAUGCUCGAGAUGGCGCACAUCCAGGAUGAUUUGCUGCAGAGAUUGCUCGCAGACGGCCGGAUAGACAACAGCAGGAAGGCCGAGGUCAAUGACCAUUUGAACGGGCCGAUCCUCAGCGUGAACGAGAUCAAGACGGAGCUGUGGAACAAGCGCGACGGGAAUGGGGUACCUGCCGAGCUGCGGGAUCAGAUCCCCGAGGCUGAGCCGCCGAGGCCGUGGGAGUGUGUAGCGCAGAACGUGCAGAUUAUUGCUCACCGCGCCUCGCUGGACAGUCUCGUCUUCCCCGUCGACAAGGUCAUCCCAAUGGUGUGCGGUUAUGCGAUUGAGUACAACCAGGAUUUGGAGAGCCCCAACUGGCCGAUGGCGCUGUUUCAGCAGCUUCAUGUCCCGCAUGCGCUUAUUGUGCAGGUGUUGGAGGGGGUGCUGGAUGCGCAGGAGGUUCCUUUUGUGGGGAGGAAGAGGAAGAAUGUGGCUGGCUGGGUUGUUGCUGUUGUGGAGGAUUGGGUGACUUCGAUUCAGAUGAGGGGGGGGAGGAAUUCGGCUGAUGCUGGGGGGGUUGGGGUUUGGGUUAGUGAGUUGUUGGGACGGGUGGAUGCGUUGCUCAGGCAGUUUCAGUCUGCGGGGGCGAGGACGGAGGCGGAUAAGAAGUUGAGAGACGAGGCUGCGCAGUUGAGGGGGGAGUUGGCUACCGUCAAGAGGAGGGUCGAUGGGCUUGUUGCGGCGGCGGCGCAGGGGGGGAUGGGGGGGAGUGUGAUGGGAGGUUUUGGUUUUAGGGGCGGGUUGGCUUAG